CGAAUCCACUCUCUCAGCCCCCAUGGAAGUCACCGACUUCGACGGCGGCAUGGUGAAAUUUGGCCGAGGCGUGUCCUGCUCUUCCGGCGAAGGCGGCGACAGCGACGCCGUCUUCAUCGUCGCAGACGGCGGCUCCCUCUCCAACGUCAUCAUCGGCGCUGACCAGAUUGAGGGCGUGCACUGCGCUGGUGCCUGCACGAUUACAAACGUCUGGUGGGAAGCAGUCUGCGAGGACGCUCUGUCCUUCAAGGGUGAUGGCGAUAGCACUGUCUCCGGUGGUGGCGCGAAGGGCGCGAAGGAUAAGGUUGUUCAGCACAACGGUGUGGGCACUAUUUCCAUCUCUGGCUUCUACGUUGAGGAUUUCGGCAAGCUGUACCGCUCGUGCGGUAACUGCAAGACUCAAGGCGAGCGCCACGUCAAAAUCGACGGAGUCACAGCAUCCGGAGGCACUGCAACACUCGUCGGCAUCAACUCUAACUUCGGCGACACCGCGACGAUUACGAACUCCUGCAUCACCGGCACAGACGUUAUCUGCCAGGAGUUCGAGGGUACGAGCCCGGGCAACGAGCCGAAGGAGGUCAGCUCGGGUCCUAGCUCGGCGUGUAUUUACACAGAUGCUGAUAUCAACGUUUGCUAAGGACUCUGCGGAUCUGGUGGUGGCGCGAGGACUACAAGGGGCUUGUUGGGAAUGGGUAAAGAGGUGGGAGAUUGAUAGGGGUUGAAGGUUUGGGUGAUUGGGUGAUUGAAU